UUUCGCUGUCAUUGACGAAAUUUCCUGGUGUGAGUCUCUCUGGAUAUCAACAAAAGAUUGAAACGAAGCCCCAAAUGAUGGUUUGCCGUUUGCAUGCGAUUCUAAUCCGAAAUAACGCUGGGAAUAACAUCUGACAGCUCGGAGAAUCGCAUUGGUAGAUAGAUGUGUCCGCUCGGGCAUUUUACGCCGCGUUUUUUAUCGAGCUGGUAGCAGGUGGCGACGGGGCGGGUCGAAGCUCAAAUAUCCAUGCCUUGCUGUUAAUGAAACUUAAUUACGAAUUCCGUGCAAGGGUUGACACCUGCCAUGUUAAGAUAAAGACACAGAUCUCUGUGUUGAACAUGCUAAAGCGAUUGGAUAAGAUAAGGUUCAGAGGACCGAAGCGAGAUGAGUUCCUGGACCUUGCCGAGUCCCCCACUGCAUCUGACAGCGAAUGUAAUGACGACGUCCCAGUAAAACACCGGAGCUCCAUCAAAGAAACAGAAGAGCAGCGAGACCCUGCUGGUUCAGGGACUCUCACCAUGUCAGCUGCUUCCAUCCAGGACUACAAGAUGAGCGAUGCCGAACGACUCAAUGAGGUUAAAGGUCACCUGGAGGUAGCCUUACUGGAAAAGCACUUUCUUCAGGAGGAGUUGAAGAAGCUCAGAGAGGAGACAAAUGUUGAGACCCUGAAGCAGGAACUGGAGAAAGAGAAAUCAAAGAGUGUCGAUCUCGAACAGAAAAUGAAUGAAAUUCUCAGAUCCAGACUAGAAGAUUCACCACCUCCACCUCCAAAACCACAAGUCACUUCUGUCAAUGGAACAGGGGACAAACAAAAGGAGACCUUACGCUCUCGGCUGUGGAAAUGGCUCUAUGAGCGCUUUGGUGUUUAUAUCGAAGAUUUCCGCUUUCAGCCUGAGGAGAAUACAGUCGAGACUGAGGAACCACUAAGUGCUAAAAGAUUAACUGAAAAUAUGAGACGACUCAAACGGGGUGCUAAGCCUGUAACUAACUUCAUGAGGAACCUUUCUGCCUUAUCCAGCUGGCACUCUGUCUACACGUCAGCCAUCGCCUUUAUUAUCUAUAUGAAUGCUGCCUGGCAUGGCUGGGUUAUCCCCAUGUUUCUAUUUUUAGCCAUUCUAAGGUUGUCCUUGAAUUACUUCAUAGCAAAAGGUUGGAGGAUACAGUGGAGCAUUGUGCCUGAGGUCUCCGAACCAGUGGAACCUCCAAAGGAAGAUCUUACGGUUUCAGAGAAGUUUCAGUUAGUGUUGGAUGUUGCACAGAAAGCACAGAAUCUAUUUGGAAAGAUGGCAGACGUAUUGGAAAAGAUUAAAAACCUGUUCAUGUGGGUGCAGCCUGAAAUCACACAGAAGCUGUAUGUUGGUUUGUGGCUGGCCUUCAUCACCUCCUGUUUGCUGCCAUAUAAACUCUUGGGCUUCAUGAUUGGUGUCUAUGCUGGCAUCAAAUUCUUCAUCAUUGACUUCAUCUUCAAAAGCUGCCCUAAACUGAGGGACAAAUACGACACACCCUACAUUGUAUGGAGCAAUUUACCCACAGACCCACAACUCAAAGAGCGUAACAAUGCCACUUUGAACAGACGGCUGUCUGGGUUUGAAAAGCAGAUCCAGCCAGUGGUUGUGCGCGGUAAUCAGUCUGCCGGGAUGUCAUGUGGGAUUGGCCGUGAGGAGGAAAGCGGUCGGGCCUACAACACCAAAAGAGGGCCUUUUCAUGAAGUCUUCAACUUGUCAGAGAAUGAGCGCCCCCUGCCAGUGUGCGAGAAUGGAUGGCGAUGUUGCUUGAUCAACAGGGACAGAAAAAUGCCGACCGACUACAUCCGCAAUGGUGUCCUCUAUGUCACAGAAAAUUACCUGUGUUUCGAGAGCUCCAGCUCCCGGGCGGCAUCCUCAAAGAAAAAUAAAGUCAUCAAGCUCCAAGACAUCAUGGAUAUUCAGAAGUAUAAAGUGUUGUCAGUAUUGCCUGGAUCUGGGAUGGGGAUCUCAAUUACAACGCCAUCCACUUUAAAGCCUCUAGUGUUUGGUGCCAUGAUUCAUCGGGACGAGGCCUUUGAUGCCAUUCACACUCAGUACAUGAAGAUCAUGAGUUCCACAGCAGCUACGACAGUCACAAACCCAGAGACAUAGUCUCACCCGGAUCAACAUAAGACAUAAGGUAGUCCAUAAGACAGCCCUAACCUUAAUGUACCACUAUCCCAUACCCCUAUAUGGAGACGAUGGCUUCCAGAAGUUGUCCGCCCCAUCUCCAAUCCAAAACGAUGGAGAAACUGCAAAGAAACUGUUUUUCAUAUUCUCUUUUAGAUUCUAUGUAUUUUAUAUAAUGUUCUCUCAAACAGCAUACCAUAAUCUUACACAAGUGCUUGUCUGGAUGGGUCUUGUUUUAUAAGGUUAUAGGUUUGUUGUGCAUCUUACUUGUGUGUCAGAACAGGAGCUGGUACUCCUUUGUGUGAUCCGUGUGUAGUCCGACCAUAUAACCGUCUCUGAACUUACCACCAUUUUCACUUAAUUGCAUCACCGCUGGCCUUGCACAAAGAAACACUGCACUUAGUGUUGCUGAGAGCUUUUAGAUGUGAUUUAAGAGGGAAAGGAAACCGAAAUCCAUAUGCGCAAAGCAGCUCGUAACUGCCGGCCACAUUGUUCCUUUGGGGCGCGCCAACUUUCUUUUCAGUAUUUGUGAUACUUAACUUAACUUAACUUAUCACAUAGGUACAACUUCAUAUUUUAAAGGAAUAGUGCACAUAAAAAAAUGUACAUCUUGCUGUUUACUUUCCCUUAUGUUGUUUUAAACUUCAAAAGGAGAUAUUUAGGCAGAUUGUCCAAGCUGCUCUUUUCCUUCCAAUGAAAGUCAGUUGUUUAAAGGGAUAGUUUAGCCAAAAAUGAGAAUUCUGUUAUCAUACACUCAUGUUGUUCCAAACCGGUGUGACUUUCUUCCUUUUAGCGAGAUGCACAAGAGAUUCUUGAAGAGUUUUUAACUCCGUUUGUCCAUUCAAUGAAAGUCAGUGGGGUACAAAUCAACAGUGGACCCCACUGGCUUUCACUGUAAGGACUAAAAACAGUCGGACAUGCUUUUAAAAUAUUAUCUUUUGUAUUUUGAUUGUUAAUUUUUGUCUUUUAUUUUUUGAAAUGGCAGAAUAUUCAUUUAAGAAACUCGUACUGGUUUGGAACAAUGUCAGGGUGCAUAAAUAAUGACAGAAUUGUCAUUUAAUAAUUAAAGCACAAAAAAUCACCAGUCUUACCCAUAAAACGAAUGUGCAAAAAUAAAGGACUGUUCAAACUAAGUAGGGAUUAGCUGGUUUUGAUAAUAUAUUCUCAUUCCUUGUCACUGAGCCCUGAUGUUAUUGAAGUAUUUAAUGCCUUUUUGAGUAUGUUGGCACUGGUUAGAUAAAUGUCUUGGGGUGUACUCACACUAGGCACGGUUAGCGCUCACACUGCAUGUGUGCCAAGCCCAACCGAACCGUGCCCUGGCCCACCUCUUCCAACCGAGCCAGGGACGGCUAAACGAACUGUGCCCGGGCGUAGCACAGAAUGUUCACUCUAGUCAACAAACGAACCAUUCUUUAGGGGUCAAACGUGCUGUGGCACGGUUCAGAAUGCCUAGUGUGAGUACACCCUUAGUUUACUAAUAUUGUAUCCCAAAAAAAAAAAGAUGUAAUUACAGUAAAGGAACCACAGACUAAUUUCUGUAAUGGGUGUAGUAUGUUGAUUUAAUAUUUUUUUCAAAAGUGUGUAGGGGAAUUCCAAAAUUAACACGCUACAUAAGUUCUACUUCCAAAUAGACUGUUUUACUCAAUCAUGCAUGUUUUUUUUAUUUUUGUUUGUUUUGUUUUUUUACUUUUGACUAUGCAGAGUUUAAUAGCUCCUUUUGGAUUAAAGGAGGUCUUUUCUUUCUUAAGAGAGAAGAGUCAUACAGUACGUCGUGAUUUUUUUUUUUUUUGGGGGGGGGGGGGGGGGUAUUUGUCCCCAACACUUUUCUUAGUUUUCUCAUUUUUAUGCAUUUCAAAAUGUGCUGUGCUAAAUUGCACUUAGACAGUUGCUUUUUUUUAUUUGUUCUCUCCAUUUUAAGCCUUUUUUCUCACCUGCCUUAUUCUGCCUUAUUUUAUGUUCUUUAGAGCCAUUUGACACUUUAAAUUUUCUUUCUUCAAAUCAUUUUGAGUCAGUAUGUGUCUGUUGGGGUUAGACUCUGGACUCCUUGGAUGCUGUUUACCAAGUUUAUGAAAUAGCACUUUUGGCUUUCUAAAUGCCACUUAUAUAGUGGAAGACCAUUACGUUAGAAUAAACAUGAUGCUAGUAUUUUCUCUGCAGAAGUAUACAUUUAUGAAACAUGAAUAUAGUGCACCUUGGUUUUUGUUAAUUUCGUCUUUUAACAUUUAUUUCUAACAAUAAAUCCCAUUAAUUAUUGACUCUUAAAGUGGAAAAAUUGACCACCAAUGAUGGUCAUUUGCCAAAUAAAUGUGUGGUGGUGUUGUUUGCGCUCUAUUUCUGCCCCAAAACAGUUCUGUUUACAGACAUUUGUGUUCCACAAAAGGCUAUUUUGAUCCCUGGACCAAUGGGGGCAUGAAAAUUAGCCUUUUUUGCCUGUGGUGAAUGUUGAAAAAUCAUGGAUUUUAAAUGCCUUGUUAAAACACUUUAUUGUUCUAUUUUGAAUUAUAACACAUUCUUCAUCCAGAAUAUGAUUACUGUUCCCUGGAAGUCGUUGGUUAUAGCAUGGAGGGUUGGUGUUGUAGUAUUUCACUUGGUGCAUUUCCCUAUUCAAGUUGUUUUGUUUCAGUCAAAUAUCUGUUUAGUUGUUUGUAACACAAUCACAUUUGGUCCAGCCACCCAACAACUGUUUAGACAUUGCAGAGGAACAACCACUGGAGUCCUGUUACUCUGAGACUUAAGUGAAUCUUGUGCUGAAUGUGACUGGAAGUUUGUUCAUCAAACAUUUGUAUUUACACUGGAUGUACAUGUCUGGUAAACUCUUUCCUGCUUUCCUCUGAAUAGUCUUCAUUGGAGAAGAAAUAAACUCUUGAGUUCUUUGUAA